CCACGCUGGUGGGCGGGCUGGUGGCGCCGCCGCGGGAACCCACCACGGCGGCUGAAGCCUUCUGGAAAAUGCCACAUAAAGAUGAGCUGAUGCAUAGCGCGGCAAUGGGUGGCGGUGGCCUAUUCGGCUGUUCUUCAGCCGGACACAGCGGCAUCAACCAGCUUGGAGGUGUCUAUGUCAAUGGUAGACCGCUACCUGACUCCACGCGGCAGAAGAUCGUGGAGUUAGCGCACUCAGGUGCGAGGCCCUGCGACAUCAGCCGGAUAUUGCAGGUCUCCAACGGCUGUGUCUCUAAAAUACUUGGCAGGUAUUACGAGACGGGGUCAAUAAAGCCCCGAGCGAUCGGCGGGUCAAAGCCGCGGGUCGCGACCACCCCCGUUGUUCAGAAAAUCGCGGACUACAAGCGGGAGUGCCCUUCGAUCUUUGCGUGGGAGAUCAGAGAUCGUUUGCUGAGUGAAAACGUGUGCAAUAAUGACAAUAUUCCUAGUGUAUCAUCGAUAAACCGCGUAUUAAGAAACCUGGCAUCACAGAAAGAGCAAGCUGCGUCUGCGCAGAACGACAGUGUAUAUGAGAAGCUACGUAUGUUCAAUGGACAGGCGGCGACGGGUUGGUGGUACCCUGGUCUUCCCACCGCCCCAGCACCUACCAUCCCAGCCCCACUACCACCACAGUUGAAUAGACCAACGGAAGAACAUAAACGAGCAGACACGCUACAAUCGGAAGCAGGCUCUGACGGGAACAGUGAGCAUGCGUCAUCGGGAGACGAGGACUCUCAAAUGAGACUUAGACUAAAACGGAAGCUCCAGAGAAACAGAACCUCCUUCACUAACGAUCAAAUAGAUAGUUUGGAAAAAGAGUUCGAGCGCACCCACUACCCGGAUGUCUUCGCGCGGGAACGACUGGCCGAAAAGAUUGGAUUGCCUGAGGCACGUAUCCAGGUGUGGUUCUCAAAUCGGCGCGCGAAAUGGCGUCGCGAAGAGAAGCUGAGAAGUCAAAGACGAGAUGCCCCCGCGUCUCCCCCCGCACCCCCGGCCAGGCUUCCUCUCAAUGGAGGCUUUAACUCUAUGUAUAGUCCCAUACCGCAACCUAUUGCCACGAUGGGCGAUACCUAUAGUUCGAUGUCGGGCGGUCUCUCCUCGUCGUGUCUUCAGCAACGGGACAGUGGCUACCCCUACAUGUUUGGUGAUGUCCUCGGGAGUGGAGGAUACUCAAGAGCACCGGCUGCUCAUCAGCAGCACCCUGCGUAUUCUCAACCUCAAGCGGCUGCCAGUACCGGUGUGAUAUCGGCGGGCGUCAGCGUCCCGGUGCAAAUUCCAUCGCAGGGGCCGGACCUCGCGUCCAAUUACUGGGGACGACUUCAGUGAUCUCAGCUAUUCGGGUUCCCGCAUCGAUUGCUCUCGAUGCCCGAGAACCCGAGCGUGCCCGAGUCGCCAUCUAGCGGCGAACUGGCGCACAACUACGCGGACGCUCAUUUGUCUAUGAACGCUCUCAACAUGACAGCCGGCCACGACGUCAUGCCCGCCGACAUACAGGAGAACAA